AUGAAACAAGAUGUAGAUGAUAAGUAUCCAACAACUCUUGGUCAUACCAUUAAGUUUGGAAAAAAAAGUCACCCUGAAAGUGCAAGGUUCUCACCAGAUGGACAAUUCCUUGUUUCUUGCUCUGUUGAUGGGUUUAUCGAGGUCUGGGAUCACAUAAGUGGGAAACUUAAAAAAGAUCUUCAGUACCAAGCAGAAGAAUCCUUCAUGAUGCAUGAUGAUGCUGUUUUGUGUAUCGAUUUUAGUAGAGAUUCAGAGAUGCUUGCUUCUGGAUCACAAGAUGGAAAGAUUAAAGUUUGGAGAAUAAGGAAUGGACAAUGUUUGCGACGCCUUGAAAAUGCACAUUCUCAAGGUGUCACAAGUGUUGUGUUUUCGCGUGAUGGAAGUCAGUUAUUGAGCACUUCAUUUGAUGGAACUGCAAGGAUUCAUGGGAUAAAGAAUGGAAAAUUGUUAAAGGAAUUCGUGACUACAGAUUGUCUACAAACAUUCAAGCCACCACCUCCAUUGAGGGGAGGAGAUGCUUCAGUAAAUUCAGUUCACCUUUCUCCAAAAAAUCCAGACCAUGUUAUAGUUUGCAACAAGACAUCAUCAAUUUAUCUCAUGACUCUUCAAGGACAGGUGGUGAAAAGUUUCUCAUCUGGUAAAAGGGAGGGUGGAGAUUUUGUUGCAGCUUGCAUAUCACCAAAAGGGGAAUGGAUAUAUUGUGUUGGUGAAGAUAAGAAUUUGUACUGUUUUAGCCAUCAAUCUGGGAAACUGGAGCACUUGAUGAAGGUGCAUGAGAAGGACGUAAUCGGUAUUUGCCAUCAUCCCCACCGGAAUCUUGUAGCCACUUAUGGUGAAGAUUGCACCAUGAAACUAUGGAAGCCUUGAAGAUGCUCUUUUAUCGUUUACCCCCUUUUCUUUUUUUUUUUUGGUUUUGAAGGACUCAUGUAACAAUAGUUGAAUACAUUUUUAUUUUGUAUGUCAGUUUAUUUUUUUUUUCACUUCAAGUACAUGCUGUUAUUCAUGUUGUUAACAAAUGC